AUGAUAAGUGAUUUUGUAUAUCAAUAUGAGAAAGCCUUGAAUGCACGUUAUCUUAAAGAGAAAGAACAAGAUGUAAGGACAAAAAAUUCAGUGCCAAUUUUGAAAACAUGUUAUAAGUUGGAAGCAAAGGCAGCAAAAGUUUAUAUGAGAAAGAUGUUUAUGAAAUUUCAAGAAGAGUUAUUUUGUAGUAAAAAAUAUAAGGCAUCCAAAUAUCGUGAAGGAGUGAAGAAGAUAUACAAGGUGGUAGCUCGUGGGAAAGAAAGUCCAUUUUAUGAAGUGUGUCUUGAUAUUGUUGAGACAAAAGUUAUUUGUAAAUGCCAUAUGUUUGAGUUUGUUGGAACUAUUUGUAGGCAUAUCCUUGCUGUUUUUGUAAAGAAAUCUCUUGUGCACUUUCUUCCAUCACAUUAUAUUUUAGAAAGAUGGACAAUUAAUGCCAAGAAGCACAUUGUACAUGACAUAUCUAGUGAUGUCGUACAGGCGGAGCCUCAAGUUUCUUCUACCAUGAUGAGAAAUAGUUUGAUGCUUAAAUUUUUGGAAGUUGCAGAGGAAGGGUCACAAUCAGAGAAGCAAUACAAGCAUCUUGGUCAAACUUUACAAAAAGUUCAUGAGAAGCUUCUAGCCAUGCAAGAUGUUUAUAAUGUUGAUGAAUUAGGAAGUCCUAAUAAUACUACAUUAAACAAUCAAGUAUUAUCAAAUCUUCCAAUUACUUUGCAAGACCCUCCAAAUGUUCCAUCAAAGGGAAGGCCAAAAGCUUUGAGACAAAAGCAUCCAAAAGAAAAACAAUUGAUGAAGAAGAGAAAAUGUAGCAUUUGCAAAGAAACGGCCCAUGGAUGUUGCAAAUACAAGCUUGACACCACAUUGGGAGUCAGUGCAUCAACAAAGUCAAACUAA